GGACGUCACUUUGCAUUCGGCGGUUACCGGCUAUACCCCUUGGGGUGGCCGUAACCGCUAUGAUGGUGGGGCAUUCCAAGGUUAACGUUAGCCUCAACCACGUGCCUUGCCGGCAAAGUAACCAGGGCAAGCAACCCCAGCCUUUGGUGCUUGAGCUGAGAUAUCUACAGUAUACCUGUUUUCCCAUAUCUCAUCCAUAAAGCUUUACGAUUUCAUUACUCAGCUCUCCGAGCGGCUCAUUUCUGAACCGUGACGGCGAUUUGGUGCCGCUUAUGUAGUAGGUAGCUCAAAGCAGUUGUUCCAAACUUCUUCCAGUCCAGCGCGGGAUCGGCUCACGGACCACAUCUCUCCCAUAAGUUCUAUCCGAUAAGGCAAGCUUCAUGGCACAGUACCACGGUCCACCGCCGUAUUGUAGCCCAAAUCCAUCAGUUGUAGAGUGGCAGUGAUGCCUGGAUUACUUGUUGACUCGAAGUUUCCUGUCUGCCGCACAAGGUUCCUACGCAUAGUACUUUACGUCCUUCCAUUGUCGACCUUCCUAACCCUCAACAUUUCAGCCCUCUUCAAAUCACCGCCACAAGGACUCACUGCUUCUGCUUUAUCUCGUCGAGCAAUGCAAGGUUCCCCAUAUUCAUGGUUACAGAGUUGGAAUCAUUACAGUUCCUGCCAGGUGAAAGUUCCACAACUGCUUCUUCUGCACCUUCUGCACCUACCGGAUGGGGCAAUCACAAACUUGUGCUUGUCAUCACAGCUUGCCUCUCGAAAGUGCAGUAUACUUAGGCUCUGUUUUGUCCAACCUUCUGUCUCAUGCAGACCUGUGGUGGAUUUGCCAGAUGGCUCCUGGAAGAAUGAUCUUUCAUUGUACGUACUUUAUUUCAUAUUGGGAUCUGGUCAGCAGGUGACAAUAAGGGUUUGAAUGUUCCUCUCUGGCCGGCAUGUCUCUGGUGGCUUUCCAUUGCUGUCUCAUCCAUCCUCCAUCAUACCUGCAACUUUCAUCCUGCAGCCAGCCCAUACAUAAACGCACUAGAUUGGAGUUCUGUUCAUCCUUGUCCAGACCUCCCUGUAAAAUUGCUGAUUCUCUCGCCGCUGUCGUGUCUCUUCUGUAUCAUGUAACAA